GCUAUUGCCUGGCUGUUAUCUACAGCUUGCCGCUCUUGGAUAAAAGACUAGGUAGUAUCCGAGUCGCCUCACGCCGUAGACACCAUGUCGCUGCUGAAGCAAGGACCACGCUUGCGAAGGGGAACGACUGUCGCUGCUAGGGCUUUGAAACGUCCUCGCACGCAGUUGCGAUGGACAUCGAACGGGGCAAAGUUCGCAUCGGAGUCCGACCCGCGACCUGUCCCUACUUUGCCCACGUCUCCGUCGACCAAGUACAUACACCCAAACUACACCUUCCCGUCUGCCUUGGAAGCCUCUUCCUCGCAAGAUCCACAGCUAGAGACCGUGUUGAAGCGUGCGGACAAAUAUUUGCUUCCGGUCUACGCCCGACCUUCUCUCGUGCUCGACUUUGGCCAGGGCAUGUACGUAUGGGACACGGAGAAGAGGGCGUACCUGGACUUCAGCGCCGGAAUUGCCGUCAACGCUCUCGGGCACGCGGACAGUGGGUUUAUCAAAGUCCUGGCCGAGACCGCCGAGGAACUCUCGCACUCGUCCAACGUGUUCCACAACAAAUACGCGGGCCAGCUCGCCGAGCUGCUCGUCACGCUCACGCAGCAGGAAGGCGGGCUGGGGUACAAGCCGGGCAGCAGCCCAUCCGACGCCGGCGCGAAAGUAUUCUUCUCCAACUCGGGCACGGAGGCGAACGAGGGCGCGCUGAAGAUCGCGCGCAAGGUGGGCAAGGACCGGUGGGCGGCCGCGGCGCCAGGCAGGAGCGCGGACGACGUCGAGGCGUGCGACAAGAUCGAGAUCGUGUGCUUCGAGAACGCGUUUCACGGGCGCAGCAUGGGCGCGCUGAGCGUCACGCCGAAUCCGAAGUACCAGAAACCGUUCGCGCCGCUGUUGCCCGGCGUUCGCGUCGCACGGCUGAACUCGACGGAGGACCUCGAGAAUGGGUUGUUUAGCGAGCGGACGUGCGCGGUGAUCGUGGAGCCUGUGCAGGGCGAAGGCGGAUGCACCGCCGCCGAGGAGGCGUGGUUACGCGCGCUGAGGAAAAAGUGCGACGAGGUCGGCGCGGUGUUGAUCUAUGAUGAAGUACAGUGCGGACUCUACAGGACAGGCAGCCUCUGGGCGCAUUCCACGUUGCCGGUGGACUGCCAUCCGGACGUGGUGACUAUGGCUAAACCGCUUGCAAAUGGCUAUCCCAUCGGCGCGGUGCUAAUGAAAGACAGCGUAGCGGCUACCAUGACCGCCGGCACCCAUGGUACCACAUUCGGAGGCUCUCCACUGGCGUGCGCGCUUGGGUACCACGUCCUCUCGCGGCUGAGCGAGCGUCCAUUCGUGGCGCACCUGGCUGAGACCUCUGCGUACCUAUUGGGACGCCUGGAGCUUCUCCCGAAGUGGUUCCCGGACAUCUUGCAGCCGCAGAUUCGCGGUCGAGGCCUUAUAUUGGGACUUGCCUUUAAAGACGAGACGGUACCCGCGAAGAUCGUGACCAUGGCUCGGGAGCGGGGCGUGCUGCUCCUCAUUGCCGGGAAAGAUGCUGUCCGGUUGGUGCCUAGUCUGAUCGUGCGAAAGGAAGAUGUGGACGUUGCGGUGGAUGUGAUAGAGGGAUGCCUGGCUUCCUUGGGAAAGUAGACACUCGGGAGUCGUAUAGUACUGCGCGAGCUAUGGUAGAGUACCCAUGAGUAUGAGAGCUGCACUGGCUCCUGAGACGGGUAAAGCCAAUGCUGCGCGGCCGUGAGGAGUGGCCGACGGGGAUGGAAUCAGCCAAUGAUACUGGCGUGAUUUCAC